GCAGACGAACGCCAACCGUCGAAGGGGACAGUCGUACUCCCCGCCACCAAUCAGCUGAUCCUCAGCGGCCAAGAAGCGAGUGCUUUUCCAAUUGGACUCGCUUUCAUCUCGCCCACUAGUUUCAGUUUAUUUUCGGUCAUAUGUGCUAAUAAGAACACGCGAGUGCCAACUAAUUGUGCCGGCGAUUCUACAGUGCAGGUGAUCGUCUUCGCGCAGACGGAAGAUUCUUGCAGCGGGCCAAAAGGCCACAAUGAAAUCAAAGUACGAAAACAUGAAGAUCAUCUACAAUCGUAGCAAGAUCGGCUGGUACUGGGCUCCGCUGUUCGUAUCAUGCUGGUUUCUGCUCUUCUAUCUGGUGGUCAUACCCAGUUUCCAUCGCAUGCCGCAGCUAAAAACGCUCGAGGAUGAGCGCCAGCAGCCGGGUCAGUUCAUCGGGGAGCGUGCGGAGAACACCCUGCUCAGGCUAUCCAAGAUCGGACCCAAGGUCGUGGGCAGUGCGGCCAAUGAACAGGUGGCCGUUCAGUUUCUGCUCAGCGAGAUAGGUGACAUCAUCGACGAUGCUCGAACGGAUCUCUACGAUAUCGAGAAGGAUGUCCAGGUUGCCUCCGGUAACUAUCUCCUCUGGUCCAUGGUCAAUGUCUAUCAGAGCAUCCAGAAUGUGGUGGUCAAGCUGUCGCCGAAGAAUGCAACCAGUGAAGCUGCUCUUCUGAUCAAUUCCCACUUCGAUUCUGUGCCGGGAAGCUCGGGCGCCGGAGACGCCGGAAUGAUGUGCGUGAUUAUGUUGGAGGUUCUCCGGGUUAUCACAAAGUACGAGACCCCACUCACCUACUCGGUUGUGUUCCUCUUCAACGGAGCCGAGGAGAAUCCACUGCAGGGCAGCCAUGCAUUCAUCACCCAACAUCCUUGGGCCCAAAAUAUUAAAGCGGUCAUUAAUUUGGACUCGGCUGGCAGUGGAGGACGAGAAAUUCUAUUUCAAUCCGGACCCGAUCAUCCCUGGCUCAUGAAGUACUAUGGCAAAAACAUAGUUCAUCCGUUUGCCUCCACUAUCGGCGAGGAAUUGUUCCAAAAUGGCUUUGUUCCCUCAGAGACCGAUUAUCGCGUGUUCCGUGACUACGGCCAUAUACCCGGUCUCGAUAUGGCUCAGACUUUGAAUGGUUAUGUGUACCAUACCAAAUAUGAUCGCUUUAAUCUCAUCCCGCGGCGAACAUACCAACUGACUGGUGAAAAUAUUUUGGCUCUGGUCAAGGCUCUGGCCAACGCAGAAGAACUGGAGAAUCCAUCGAAAUACGCCGAGGGACACAUGAUAUUCUUCGACAUGAUGGGCUGGUUCUUUGUCUAUUAUCCGGAGACCACGGGCAUCAUAAUCAACAUAACCGUGUGUGUCCUGGUGUGCGUCACCAUCGUAUUGUACAUCUGGAUGAUGUCCAGCAGUACGGGCAUGUUCCGUCGACGAAUCUGGGCGAAGUUUGGCAUUCUGGCCGCUCUCCAGUUGGCUGGAGUUGCUCUGGGCAUAGGUCUGGUCAUAUCGAUAGCCCUGUUCCUGGACGCAGUGAAUCUACCGAUGUCAUGGUUUUCGCAAAACUGGAUGCUCUUCGGCUUGUACUUCUGCCCCAUGAUUUUUGGUAUGGGCAUUGUGCCCGCUAUCUACUUUAGUCGCACUAAAGAGCAUGGCUUACCCCUGGGGUAUGGCAUUCAGCUAUUGAUGCAUUCGCAUUGCCUGAUCCUGACCAUUAUCACCGCCAUAAUGGUGAGCUAUAGUAUUCGUUCCGCUUUCGUCAUAAUGCUCUGCAUCGGCUUCUAUACUCUGUCCGUGCUGAUCAAUUUGGUUACUAAGGCACACAAAACCAAUUUCCUAUGGCUCAUACCGCACUGCAUUUGCCAGGUGCUGCCCUUCAUGUUCUAUACGUACUGCUGCUAUGCCUUCUAUGUGGUUUUUGUGCCCAUGCAGGGACGCGAGUGUAAUACCAAUCCGGAGAUUCUAAUGGGUUUCUUUACCGCAUUGAUGGUUCUACUAUUUGCACCCUUCCUGGUGCCCUUGUUCUGUCUCUUCCGCAAGUCCAAGACAAUUAUCUCAAUGUUUGGCAUCUGCACGAUACUGUUUAUCAUAUUUGCCGCAACACCGAUUGCCUUUCCAUACGCCGAGAAGACGGCGCCCCAAAGAUUCUUCGCUGUGCACACGGCAAGAACCUUCCACAAUGGCGAUGCAGCGAGCACAGUGAGUCAUAAGGACUCGGGAUACUUUGUCCUACCGGUCGAUCGGCGUCCUCACACCGUCGAUGAUAUUCUCUUCGAAAACACAAACUUUACAAAGUCGGAACCUAUUGAUUGCGACUCGGAGCUCAUGUGCGGAUUCCCCAUUUACAGCUCACGCUGGUUAAAUGCAGUUGAUAACAGCUAUUUUGUUCCUGGCCCCGAGCCAAAUAGGGAAUACAUUCCCACUCUGACGAUUUUGGAAAAAUCGAGUAAAUCAGCAACAAAUAUUAAGUUUGAUCUCGAGAUCUCAGGGCCGGAUCACACGAGCAUAUUCAUUCUGCCCUUAAACGAUAGCAAAUUGGUGGAUUGGUCCUUCAUUAGGGAUCCGCUGGAUACAAAUGUAAAGCCUCCAUACUACGUGUACUGGUCAUAUGCUUUAGAUCCCAAGCCCCUGCAAUUUUCACUGGAAUUCGAGCACGAAGAUCCAAAUUGGUCGGGAGGCACUUUCAAAAUAGCUCUAAUGGGUCAUCGAAUACACGACGACAUGUAUAUUACGGAGGACUUCCGGGAAUUCCUGGCCACGUUUCCGCCGUGGGCGCAUGUUAGCUCCUGGCUGGGAUCCUACAACAGUUGGCAGCUUUAAGUGUAGACUCAAGGUUCCUCCACGAACUCAACUCAAUCCCAUUUUUGCCAUGACACCUCAGCUACUCUUAAUCCUGGUACUGUGGAUGCAGUGUACCAAUUUUACCUAAUCCAACGAACAAAGUGUCGAUACGCAUGGCACGCCCUAAAUUGUAUUAGUAUUUACGAUUAGAACACUGUAGUUACUACUUUGUAAUUUUAUUAAUAUAUACUAUAAAUUAUUUAUUAAGAUA